AUGUUGCUCGUUGCUCAUGUUGCUGUUUUCUGGUUUAAAGGCGUUUUGGAGGAGGCUGAGUUUUACAACAUCACGCCGCUGAUCAAACUGAUCAAGGAGCGGAUCGUAGAGAGAGACUCUAGAGCCACACAGGUACCACCCAAACACGUGUACCGGGUUCUGCAGUGCCAGGAGGAGGAGCUGACCCAGAUGGUCUCCACCAUGUCGGACGGCUGGAAGUUUGAGCAGAUGGUGAACAUCGGCUCCUCCUACAGCUACGGGACGGAGGACCAGGCCGAGUUCCUCUGCGUCGUAUCCAAGGAGCUCCACACGCCCGGGUCGGGUCUGGGAACCGAGCAGAGCCACAAAACCAAGGUGACCGACCGAAACCCAGCGGCUAAAGCCGCUUCAAGGCUGUUUGUGUUCCAGCCAGAGAUGCAAAUGAUCGAUUCAUGCGUUUAUCUAAAGUAGCUUAUCGAUCGAAAGAUUAAUAAUUAAUUAAUAAGCGGCCAUUUUAAUGUAGCCCUUAACUUAAAGGAUACAUUUUUAUAAUAAGCUGGAUUUACAAAAUAGGAAGCACGUCUUUAUAUUUUAAGAUGGAGUAUUUACGCCAAGCUAAGAAUAAAAUAAUAGAGAAUAUAGUCAUAAUAUUACGACUUUAUUCUCGUACUUAUUUUUUCUCAAGUACCAGGUCAUAAUAUUUAAACAUUUUUGUUAGCUGUGUUAAAUACAGACUAAAUAAACAAAUUUGUUUUCUAACAUUAUUACACUCAGACACCCCUCAAAAUCAUCCAUCCAUCCAUCCAUCCAUCCAUCUUAUCCGGGUCGGGUCUCGGGGUCAGCAGCCUCAGGAGGCCCAGACUUCCCUCCCAGCCUCUUCCAGGUCCU